UAGAGCCUCGCUGCCGGUAGCGUCUGCUCCACCCGCACUUAGAGUAUGUCCUCGCCCGAGGUUACGCAUCCCGUGGCUGGGGAGCCGCCGGAAGCUGGGCUGCACUUGCGGGCGGCGGGAAGCGCGCUGCUGCUUUGCGGACUGGCACUGCUGCUGGGCUGGGUCUGGCUGCGGCGGCAGCGCGCAUGCGGCAUCCCUCCGGGGCCCGUACCCCGGCCACUCGUGGGUAACAUGGGACACUUGCUGAUGCCCCGCUUCCUGCGGCUGCAGUUCUGGCUGGGCCAGGGCGGCCAGACCGACACCGUGGGCUGGCACGUGCGCCUGGCCAAGCUGGCGGGCGUCUACGGCAACGUCUUCAGCUUGUUCAUGGGUCACCAUCUGAUGGUGGUUCUCAGCGACUUCCACAGCGUGCGCGAGGCGCUAGUGCAGCAGGCUGAAGUGUUCAGUGACCGCCCGCGGAUGCCGCUCAUCUCCAUCAUGACCAAAGAGAAGGGCUGUCUACCAAGUUCCAGCUGUCAACCAAGUUCCAGCUAUCAAAGUAUUGAAGGAAUUGUGUUCGCACACUACGGCGCCAUCUGGAAACAGCAGAGGAAAUUCUCCCACUCGACGCUCCGUCAUUUUGGUUUGGGAAAGCUUAGCCUGGAGCCCAGGAUUAUUGAGGAGUUCAAGUAUGUAAAAGAGGAAAUGCAAAAACACGGAGACGCCCCCUUCAGCCCCUUCCCCAUCAUCAGCAAUGCCGUCUCUAACAUCAUCUGUUCCCUGUGCUUCGGCCAGCGCUUCGACUACACAAACAAGGAGUUUAAGAAGGUGCUGGAUUUCAUGUCUCGAGGGUUAGAAAUCUGCUUUCACGGCCAGAUCUUCCUGAUCAACAUAUGUUCCUGGUUUUACUACCUUCCCUUUGGGCCAUGGAAGGAACUAAGGCAGAUUGAAAGGGACAUCACCUGCUUCCUUAAAAACAUCAUCAAAGAGCACCAGGAGUCUCUGGAUGCCAGCAACCCCCAGGACUUCAUAGACAUGUACCUUCUGCACAUGGAGGAGGAGCGGAGAAACAGCAGCGGCACUAGCUUCGAUGAGGAUUACCUGUUCUACAUCAUCGGGGACCUCUUCGUGGCCGGCACGGACACUACCACCAACUCUUUGCUUUGGUGCCUGCUGUAUAUGUCAGUGAACCCGGACGUGCAAAAAAAGGUCCAUGAAGAAAUUGAAAGGGUCAUUGGUUGUGACCGCCUUCCUUCCCUCACAGACAAGGCCCAGAUGCCAUACACAGAAGCCACCAUCAUGGAGGUGCAGAGGCUGUCCAUGGCGGUGCCCCUCGCCAUUCCUCAUAUGACUUCGGAGAAAACAGUCCUCCGAGGAUACACCAUCCCUAAAGGCACGGUGGUCAUUCCCAACCUGUGGUCAGUGCACAGAGACCCAGCCGUUUGGGAGAAGCCAGACGACUUCUGUCCUGAUCGAUUUCUGGAUGACCAGGGACAACUUCUGAAAAGAGAAACUUUCAUUCCUUUUGGGAUAGGGAAGCGGGUGUGUAUGGGAGAGCAGCUGGCAAAGAUGGAAUUGUUCCUGAUGUUCGUGAGCCUGAUGCAGAACUUCACCUUUGCCCUACCCGCGGGUUCUGAGAAGCCCAUCAUGACUGGAAGAUUCGGUCUGACACUAGCCCCCCAUCCGUUUAAUGUAACCGUCUCAAAGAGAUGAAGGUGCCCCUGAGAAGAGAGGAGGGGACAACAGCCAAAUCCGUGUCCUAGACAGUCUUCUGUGCUGUUGCGUGUGGGCCCAGCGACUCAGCACAGCCAAGAGAGGCUCUAGACGAGAGCCCUGGGUGUUGGGGGGGGGGGGGGGCGGCCGGGCGUGCCACACCAUGGAUGCCUCCUUCCCACUGGGACGCACGGAUGAUGGGUUUGGUUGUGCAGAUUCCAUUGGGAGCAGACCUCAUCUCGGCCUCCGUCAUCCCGUGGUAAAAUGAGGGUAAUGAACUUUCUCGUGGCCUCUCUGCUAUUAGCAGAUGCUGGACACUUCAGGAGUAGAUCUGCCUUCAGACCUUUCAGGGCCCUGACAUGGAAGUGUGUUCAGCAUGGACACUUGGUCAGAAAGGGGUACAGGCCUAGGUUAUAUUGAGGUAGAAGUUUUUCUUUUAAAUUUUUAUUUUUUUUUUUUUUAAGCGUAGGGUCUAUGUCAGUUUCCUUGGGCUUGUCUUAUGAGGAUCUUUUGGGUUUAGGGCUGGGUUCUUUACUUUUUAUAGAGCUAGGAUGAAAUGUCCCCUUGCCCGCUAUGUUGAGGAAAAAGAAACAUUCUCUUGAUGUCAUUGUCUACCCUUGUGUCCGCUGUCUGUAAGCACAGAAGCUGAGAGCCUGGUGUACAGCCCAGGUCCCCUUUGCCCAGCAGCCGUGCAGCUCCACCUUGGCCUGGGCUCUGGAUGCUGGGCUGGGAAACUGAGUCAUGUAAUUGUGGGACUGGUCAGGAGCAAUGUCUCAGUCAAAUGAUUCUGAACCCUCCUCUCCUGUUGUGUUACCAGCCAUAGUGUGACUAACUUGAAUACUCUCCAAGAUAAGAAGCCAUUUCUUCAUGGGGCCCUCUAAUGACCCUUCCAGGGGCUGCAAGAAAAUGUGGGAACGGCUUUAUGACAAUGUGGAUGACUGUGGGCCUUCUGCUGCCAGGGGUAAGGAUGAGCAGUGGCAAAGCCAUCCGUUACAGUAAACAGUGUGCAGCUCCGUGUGCCGGAGUCUAGCCCUUCCCUCGGGUCUCCCACAGCACUGUGGAAGGAACCGUGAAGAUGGGAGCGUUUCUUUGUGUGCGAUCCUCAUGCCAAGGGAGCUGAGGCUUUGCAGUGCUAAGGCCCGUGAUUACAAAACACCCUCACUGGUCUCUAAGACACUUGGCCCUGUGACUGGAAAGCACUUUCUGAGCCUUUCUCAGUAUUGACCCCCCACGGUCCUGAAGCUGCGUCCUCAGUGACCAUGUCCCUCUUCAUCCCAGUGGACCCCCCUGGGACCAGGCUCCACACUGCUGCCUCCUCCUCCAUGUGCCUUAUUCUUGGCAGACGCCUAGGCAACUUGGGAGUGAGUUAGGGAAGGUGCUUGAGGGGAGAGCCCAUCUCUGUGUUUAUUGCUGUCUUUAGGAUAGUUUUAAAAUGCAGUAUAAUUUGCCUUACCUGUUUAAGCCAGUAUUUAAAAAUUUACUAGGCUUUUUGUAUCAUUUGAAGUAACCAUGUUAGGCAAAUGUAGAACGAUGCCUUACCUGCCAAAACCUAAUACAGAAUGAAAGUUUCCAGCAUCUUCCCAUAGCCUUCUUGCCCAGGUACCCAGGCAGACCCCCAAACGCUUACCGAGGGGGAAAUACCAGCUGCGGAGUAAAAAGGAAAAGGUGGAAUAUUGUAUAACCGAGUAUUGAUUAAUUUUUGAUUCCUCAUUCUUUAUAUUAUCCACCGUAAUGUUUUCCCUUUUGUAAGUUAUAAGCACUCUCAAAAUAGAUGCAGGAAGUGCAGUCUAAUCUUAGGUGCCCUGAAGACUGUUUUAGGUCAGCGCACUGAGUGCGGAGGGACAGAGUGAGGCUGCACACCAUAUGGGUAAGAUGGCGCCUGGGUGGGCACGCUGCACCUUGACCAGGAUAGCGUGUCCUGGUCUGACACUCGUAAGGUCCUUACUCCUCCACUCGUGAAUUUCUGGACCUCCUAACCAAAGACUUCAUAUCGUACUUGAAAAAGACGUCUGCCUUCUAUGAGAAGACGUCAGAGUCCUGCAUUUAUCGAGCAGUUUAAUACCAUGCCUCAAGCUGUAGCACUCUGAAAAUCCCGUUAUACACCUCUCCACAGAUGGGCUGAGCUUUUCCCCAGCUGCCGAUAUUUUACGCGCUUCAUGUUUCAUCUGAAAUGUGAAAAUGACUUUCAUUAGUUUUCAGGGCCUAACAAGGUCUGGACCUCAUCUUUGAUGUUGCUCUUAUUAAACCUUUAAUUUAAUGGACACAA